AAAGGAGGGAAGGAAGGAAGGAAGGAAGGAAGGAAGGAAGCAAGGAAGGAAGGAAGGAAGGAAGGAAGGAAGGAAGGAAGGAAGGAAGGAAGGAAGGAAGGAAGGAAGGAAGGAAGGAAGGAAGGAAGGAAGGAAGGAAGGAAGGAAGGAAGGAAGGAGAUUAGUAUGACAAGCAACUCUGAGGGAAGAAGGCAAGAAAGAAAGGAACGGAGUCAGAAAGGGGGUCAGAAAUGGUGAAAAAAAAUAACGCGUGGAAAGUAAAAAUGCGUAAAAAUCCGAUCGUUUCCUGCACUUUUUGCCUCAGGCGAGCCGGUGACGAAGGCGGGGUUACCGUGGCGACCCGCUUGGGAAAGGUGGGGGCGGAGCUUCCAGCACAGUCCACUCCAUCGUAAGAAGGCGACCGCUUGACCGCCAACUGCCCCAAAUCGUUUCCCCGUUACGAGUGGCCACAUUUUGCAGCAUUGCCACCGCGCAAGACCGACUAAUAAACACGUUUAGUGGACCAACUCGCAGGAGGCCAGCUUUAGGGCGAGCUCGAUGGAGAAGCUCAGGGAAGAGUUUGAGCAGAUCGUAGGCGAGCUGGAGUGGCAGGACGUUGCGGACACCCUGCAGGAGUUGUGCUCCAACAUCAUGUGCGAGCCCAGCAACACUCCCCCUCCCCACCCUGCCGGCCAGCGCCCGCCCUCAAACCCCCCUCCGUCCGCCGCCUACGCGGGGAUGCCUUUCGACGCCCGCCCUCAGCCGGCCCGCUUCCCUCCGCGGUUGCCGUUUGUCCCGCACGCCCAGUUGCCGCCGCUUGCCGGCAUGCGAUACGGCCCGCAGUUCAACCCGUACCUCGUGCACCCCUUUCACCUCAGCCGCCAGGGGGGGGCUCCUUUCCGUCUCCAGUACCUCCCGUGUCAGAUGACGCCACAGGUCGUCCACAGCCAGCCGGCCUUCAGCUUCCCAACUGCGCCGCCGCAGCCGAAAAAAAGUCUGCCGGUGGUGCCGCUGCCCGAAGGCGCCACGCUGCACGCCGUGGGGAUGCUGAACGGGGAAGUGCUGUACGCGGCGGUGGACGCCUCCCAGCCCGCGCCCGCUCCUCUUCCUCCCGCUACGUGCGCCCGCUCCUCCAGUCGAAAGAGAAAGCGCAAGCGACGGCGCAAGUCGGCCGCCGCCAAAAAGCCGCCCGACGCCUUCAUGUGCUUCCUCCGAGAGCGGCGCUCGGCCUCCAAGAGCCCGUCGGAGCAGAAGGACGGCGUGGCCGUCAACAAGCGGCUGGCGCAGCUGUGGACGUCGCUGAGCAAGGAGCAGCGGGCCAAAUACUACCAGCAGGCCUACGUGGAGAAGAAGCUGCGGGAGCAGAUGUCGUCCGACAGCGGCAGCGGCGACGACGACGAGGACGACCGCGUCGCGUGUCCGCGUUCCUGUCGGGAAGGCCUUUCCGACGGCUUGACGUGUGCGCCAGGCCCCGAAAAGAAGAGGCGGCGCUGCGACGCCGAACGCCUGCUUUCCGCAGCCAAGCAUCAGGGCGGCGACGCCUGCAACACCGGCGAUGAUGCGCCCGCCUCCUCCUGCUCUUCCUUGGGGUCGUCCUCGUCGUCGUCGUCGUCGUCGUCCUCGCUGUCUUCGUGGCUGGAGGCCGUCAUCGCCGCCGAGGGCGCCGAGUCUCCCGCCGCGCCGCGUCCCGCCUCGCCCGCCCCCAACAAGUGUCCCGACUCGGGCGACGAAUCCGACAUCGAGGGCAUGGACGCCAAGCUGCUGCACCUGCUCGGAUGCUGCUAGCCGUGCCGUCCGUCGCUUUUAUCUUUGUGUUUUGUAAAGGCUCUGUAAAUAGUGUAUAAAAGAAGAUGUCGACUAACUUUUUUUACUCUUCCUCCCUAAUUUCAUUAAACCGUGAUUUGGUGUCAUGA